UAAGCUGGUAACUGAUGAAUGAAUGAUACAGGAAUGAAGUAUGUGUUGACGGACCAUCUGUUGGUACCUUUUCUAGGCCAGUGACUUCACUGACAUCACCAACUGGCCCACUCCUGGAGAGCUGUGCCAACAAACCACACCUAAGGAGAAAGUGGAGAAAGACAAGGAGGUGGCAACUGCUAUGAAGUCUCCUGUAUCAAAGAAGCCAGAGAAGGACAACACCAGUGACGACUCACUGAAGGAGAACAAACACAACGGCACCGCAGACGACAAUCCUGACAUCAGGACGCCGCCAAAACGGAAAGGAAACAAACAGAAGUGGACCCCCCUGCCGCUGGAGGAGCCCAAGAAUGAGUCUAGGAUAUCCAAAGCCCGCCGAGCCCGCGAGCGAGAGAAGGAGAGAGACGACAGCGAGUCUGGGCGCAGCCGAGAGCGACCGUCACGGGGAGGGCGGGAUCGCAAAAAGGACAAGGACGGCGGGCGAAGGGACAUCAGUCCUGACAGAG